AAUCAACACCUUUUAGAAACUCAACAUCUGAACUGAUCAUUUUAGAGGAUUUUGAAAAAAAAAUCUUAGAUCAGGGGUUCUCAACUGGGUGCCAUUUUAGGGAGCCAGCAUAUGAUUAAAGGCCACACAGGAAAAGUGCACACACUAAGGCUCUUUAUGACUUCUAUGACUUUUUAUGACACACUAACACUUUGCAAAAACUGUCAGGCUGUUGGGGCAUUUUAAGCAUGACUGAAUAUUCGGGGGGAUUUGUCCUCAAUAUACAUCAUAGUUAGUUACACUACAGGUCUGUAGGACACAGGGCUACUUUCUGACAUGCUUAAAAAAGACCUCUGACCUUUGGCACGAAUGUGUCAGCAGCCACUUGUUGAUUUUUUUGGUGAAUCUGUCUGUCUGACAUCAUUUGUCCGCAGAUGUGAAAUAUUUAAGGUUGUGUUUUCUUAAGUAAGAGAAAGGUUCAAACUGCAAUAACAAAAUAGAAAAGGGAUAUUAAUGAAGCGCCUCAUUAUGCGAGGAAUGAUCUGUAGUGACGUUGGUCCUAAUGAACUUUACGCGUGGACUGCGUGACAGACAGGCGGCAACGCAACACAGUGCUGUCAUCCAAACUUAGCGGAGCCCCCUGUGAAGCGUCAGACGGAGCGCCCGGCUGCCAGAUCAAGCUGCACUUCACUUUCACUGCAAAUGCUCGAUCAGGUGGCUGCUGCUUCAACUUCACCCCCGCGGACUGUGCAGUGAUGGUCGAGUGCGUGGAUGUGGAUUAGUAGAGAGUGUUGGUCCAACUGGCUGAUGCUGAACACCUUGCACGUGGCGGAGGACUGCCUUCUUUUCUUUUGCUCGACCUCCAGCCUCCAGCAGCUUCACUCUGUCUGUCAAGCGACAGAAAGCGAACCAUGAGCUCCUCUCUCCCCAAAAGCGAGUCCACUACUUCUCUGCUGAGAUCCUCGGGGUUCAACCGCAGGUCUGCGCACUCCAGUAGCGCUCCGCGAGAUCACCGGAGCCACCGCGCUCACCAUCAUCCCACCGGGGCCGGAGGCUGCGAUGAUGCAGGCUGGACAGAGGACUGCGAGACGAGCGCGCGGAGACCUCUCUGCCAGCCAAGACAUGCAGACUCUCGAAAUGUUGGUGAUCACCGGGCGCAGAAGAGCCACUCUCACCGGCAGACGAGCGUGCCGGAUGACGGUUACGCUCAGGAGGAUGUGAGGCACCGGACGAGCCGGCAUCAGAAAGAGCGCAGCAAGUCCACCAGGUCCAAACACUCUCAUCAUCACCACGACUCCUCUCGAGGCGAGCUGCCUCCUGCAGCGCAUCACCAGGGCGGCGCCCAGCAGGACAGGAGGACCUCUCCAACUCCUUCUUAUCCUAAGCAAACGGACGACGCGGCUUUCUUCUUCGAACCCAGAGAGAGAGUCAUCACCGGCUCGUCCUCCAGCCUCAGCUCUGACCCACCUGCGACAAGCGCACCUGUCAAGCCCGCAUCCAGCCGCACAUCCAAAAGACUGAGCGCAACCGCGUCAGAAUAUGACUCUAGCCUCCAUCCUAUAGUGAAGUCAGUCUUUGGGCAGGACCGAGAACUGAGGCCCGAAGAAAUGGAUGAGUUGCGUGAGGCAUUCAAGGAGUUCGAUAAAGACAAAGAUGGGUUCAUUGGCUGUAAAGACUUGGGGAACUGCAUGAGAACUAUGGGCUACAUGCCAACAGAGAUGGAGCUGAUAGAACUGAGCCAGCAGAUCAACAUGAAUUUGGGAGGACAUGUUGACUUUGAGGACUUUGUUGAACUUAUGGGGCCCAAACUUCUGGCUGAAACGGCAGACAUGAUUGGAGUGAAAGAGCUGAGGGAUGCAUUCAAGGAGUUUGACACAAAUGGUGACGGACAGAUCAGCACAGCAGAACUUAGAGAAGCAAUGAAAAAACUUUUAGGACAACAGGUCGGACACAGAGACCUGGAGGACAUCCUACGAGACAUCGACCUCAACGGAGACGGACAUGUAGACUUUGAAGAGUUUGUGCGGAUGAUGUCUCGAUGAGUUCCUGACAGAGAGUCGACAUGUUCAAACACAACAUGGAUGCUCUGUUGGUGUGGAAGGAAGAGGAGAGAGACCCACACAGAGUACCGACGGAUCUUGAACUUCUGAACUGUCAAUGAACGAGAAAACAAAAACAUAUCAACCCUGUCCUGAAACUGCCACGCUGAAGCACAAAGGCUGACGACGACAGCCGGGAGCAACACUGUUGAUUACAUGCUGCUGCUGUUUCUUAGAACAUAAACACAACCAACAGCUGCGUUUCUGACUUUUACAAAGUAUAUUUUUUAAAGAAGCCUAUUUUCCUUAACAACAGAAUACAAAAUAACUAAUCAAUAAUAAUAUUUCUAAGGCUGAUGUGGCUGUUGAUUUAAUGGUUAAUGGGACGUUUGAGUCAGUUUGCUCAACACCAUGUUAAUAACUGUAGCAAUUAAGAAGACAUAUUUUCGACUGCAGCAGUAUGCCAGCAAACACCCAAACCAAUACAGCACCUUCUGCUCUAAAGCUGAGGACAGCUUAAGCACAAAUAUAAUAUGGCAAUAUGGAUAUACUUCAUGUGAUCCUGUCAAAGCUGUGCGUUUGUGUUUUGUGCAUACUGUUGUUUCUCCCCUCUCUGUACUGUAGGUUUAUUACAUCCACUGAGACUUUUGUCAAACCCUGGUUAAGACAAGCCAGUAUUUGUUUCGUAAUUAUGUGUAAUGUAGCACUGACACAGUUCUUCGGACUUAAACGACAUUACGCCUAUCUUACUGUGAUAUAUAUGUGAUCUUCAGUGUGCAUAAGACUCCUUCAUCUGCAAAAAUAUGGAAGGAAAUUCUCUGUAGUUGCAGUGCUAAUCUUGACUACUGCGAUAAGCCUUUUUUAAUUACAUGUAUGUUUUAUUAAUUCUGUAUAUUACUCUGCAUGAAUACACACAGAGUUUGACAGAUCACCACGAUGACAGGUGAUCAACAGAGCGUAUUUAUGAAAAGAGAGCCUUUUUUUUUUUUGCUUUAAUUUAUCAGAGAGCUUUCAUAAAUGUACGUGUUUAUUGGGGUUUUGUGAGUCUACCGAGUCUGCAGAACAGUCCUGAAGUGAUUUUCACUUUGGUGCAACAUUUACUCUUUUAACUUUAAUACCUCAAGAUGGACUGAACAAUCAACCUCAUCCAUAAACUGCCCCUUGCAUAAGCUCAAACACAAAUUUCUUUACCCUCUUACCUUCAUAUCUAUAUUUAUAAAGAAGCAGCGUUAGCUCCUUUAUGGAAAAAAAAAGCCAAAGAAAGUUUACAGAAAUAUUAUUUGAGUCGUGUAUAGUUGGUGUACACGGUGUGUUUUAGAAAUAUGAUCAACAUGGCUGCUUGAAACGCCCUUCCUGGUUCGCGGGGCAGCUAAAUUGCUGGUUGACUGUUCAUAAAUGGACACAGGGGUACAGUAUAUGCAUGCUAUAAAGUUGAGAUAUUCUUCCAAAGGGAAAUCUUACUUUGUGAUUUUACUUGUCUUAACUGUGUGAAACUAUGCAUGCAACAAACAACUGACAUUUGUAGCAGAAGAUAUAUGAAAAUAAAGGUUUUUAUUGGA